AUGUUUCUACUGCUCAUUUUUUGUUCUAUAAGAGGUUUACUGUAUGCUGUGAAUGGUCCUGCUUUUGAUGGCCCCACUGAUACAACUGUCCAGGGUUUCACAUCAGACAUAAAUACUGGAGAUUUGUUGGAAAUGUGGAAUGUACCAGAUAACAUGCGAAACUCACAUUAUGUAGCAGCAGAUCCAGUAACACAUAGCAUCUAUGUAGGGGAAUUGGACCCUGAAAGUGUUUGGAAGUUUAGCAGACCUGUUACAGUACAGUCAAGUUCACAGCAUAACAAAGUUGAGGAAAGUACUCAGAGCCAGUUACUGUCAGCAAUCCAUUGGACCAGAGUGAAACCAAUACCACAGAGUUGUCUGAGGCUAUCAAAGAUAGCAGUGAUGUCUCUCCCUCUGUCAUCAAUUGGCAUCUUACUUGUGGAAAAUUUAAAUGUUAUGGACAUGGAAAGAAGGGAAAGGUUUUUAACCUUAAAGGCUUUACUUGGAAUUCUCAUAAAGGCUUUGAUAGACUUAGUACUGAGGAAAGUGAUCAUGAGGUUGACCCAGAUGAUUUAGAUGAUAAAGACUAUUUGACACCUCCCAAGACGAAUAAAGCAUAGCCUCAAGUUCAAGGCUGACUAAAUUGUGUAAAUUAAUCUUUUUUUUUUCUUUGUUAUUAGUUGUUCAUAUCAUAAUAUUCUGCCAUUACAGUCAGGGUUUAAACUUGUUUACAAGUUGAAUCUGAUACCAACUAAAUCUCAUAAACACAUAAUUAACCAUAGACCCACCUCAUGUAAAAAAAAAUGUUUUACAUAUUUCGGAUGUUCUUUCAGAGUUGAAGAUAGUUUACUUCCUAGUCCAAAUCUCCCGCAGGACGACGGGGGAUGGGAGCGGGCAGGGUUUGAACCCGGGACCAUUGAUAAAUCCAAAUGACAGUCCGCACGACCAGGCAGCCAUAUUACAUGUUAUUAGUUGUAAGUUGUAUUACAAUAACUAAGUGAUUUUGAGCUCAUAAAAUUUCAAAAUAAAAUUAUAAAAUGCUUUUGUCAUUCUAAAAAAGAAAAAAAGAUUAUUAUGUUGGAUUUUUUUUGGAUAGCAAAGGCUAUUUGACCUUUUUAUUUCAAUAUGUGAUAUCAAAAUUUUUAAUUCAUUAAUUUGUUCAAUAUUUGUCGAAAGUUUGCUUUUGAAUAAAAUAUUUAUCAGCAUUAUUAUCAUUUAAUAAGUAUAUUUUGUUUUUUAAUUUUAUGAAUGAUUUGAUGUUAUAAUGCCAGGUCAUUUACAAAGCACACGCCUGCCAACUUUCUUUUUGCAAUGAUUCUCAAAACUUAAUUAGCUACCAAAUGAUUGUUUGCUCACUUGGUUGUGAUGAUUCAACAUUCCUGUUAUGUUCCACCAUUUCCUUCUUCAAUUCUAAAGCUGGCUUUAUUUCAUCUAGUGAACGUACCAUUAGUGUUAGUGACCCUGGCAAACUAGCCAUUUUAUGCACAAUUUUAAAAUGUUCAUAUGGAUAAUAUGGUUAGUUUUUUUAUAGCAUUUUUGACUACAUGGAGUUCCAGACAACUUUCCAUGUUGCUGGUCCCUUUCUCUUGUCAUUAUUAAAUCUUAUUUAAAAAACAAAAAAAAACUUGUUAGAUGGUAACAUUGUCCAAAUUGUUACUAGUUUUAUGUAAUGUGUUUGAAAACUAUGACUUCCUUAGAUUGACUACUAGACUCUCAUUCAUGUAUUGCAUUUCUUUAUUUUAAAAUCUUGUUAAGGCUUGUUUAAAAUCUCUCGACACUCAACUUUUUAUGCCAUAUUACAAUGUUUAUUUGUUAAUUCAAUUGUUUAGUCAAAUGUUUGUUUUCCAAAGUGUUACUAUUUGGUGCAAUCAAAAUAUUUAGUGGCAUUUUACAUACAAACACUGGUAGUUGAAAUCAGUAGCACAUUUUAGCUAAUUUCUGAUGAAUUAAAAUAAAAAUGUCAUGAUAUAAAAAUAAUUUUAAAUUUAAAAACCUAUAUGAAAAAAAUUGUAUUUUUUGUAAAUAUAGUUACAGUUAUAUUGAAUAGAAUUAUUUAUGUUAGCAACUUUUGAAUGCAUCACAUAAUUUUAAUUUGACACAGAAACUGAAAAUCAUUUCAAUUAAAGAUUGUUGACUGUUGUUUCACCUCAGAUGAAUUGAUUACAUUUUAAGAGGUUAUCAGAUAUUUAUAUUUAUGACAUACAAUCUUUUUGUUAUGUUAUGAGUUGUUUUUGUUUUUAUUUUCUACAUGUUCAGGGUAUAAAGUUCUAGUGCAUACAUACGUAGAUUUCAACCCACAUUUUUUUAGUUCUUACUUAUGUAUUUACAUACAUGUACUAAGAACUAAUAUGAAAUUACAACUUAAUCAUUUUUUGUGUGAUUUUUAUGUAUUCGAACCAAUUUUUAUUUUAAAUUAGCACAAGUUAAAUCUGUUGAUCAGAAUUUUUUUCCUUGGUAAUAGUUAUAUUUAUACUCAAACCCAUUUGAUGUUACUUCUGCAAAGAUUUAUAGACACUCAGAGGAAAUGAUAUUAGCAUGGUAGACACAAUUAAACUUUUAAGGCAGAGUUUUGGAAUUAAAGCUAAAAUUUUAAAAUAAAUCAAAAACAUUGAUAAACAAGCUGUUUACUGCUAGUUUAGUGCAUCAAUCCAUUGUCUGCUUUUGAUUUAGUCUUUGGUUCUUGAUUUCUAUGCUGCACUGUGUCAAUAACUUUACUUUUUUAGAGCAGUUCUAUUAAUCUCUUUCAAAUACUAUUUGCUUAUAUUAAUCAGAAUGUAAGAUUUAAUGGGUUUGAUAUUUGUUUCAACUGGUGAUGGUCCCCCUAAAGUAUUGUAUUAGUACUUCAAAACUUACUUAUGUACAGUUUCAUUAAUUAAUUAUAUUUUUUAGGCUGUUGAAGGUUUAUCAAUUGAUUUUUUUUUUAUCUGGUGGAGACAUUUAACCAUUUUGUUUUUGCCACAAAAAAAAAUUGAACUUGUCUGUUUUGAAAAAUGAAAUCAAAAGUGAAUGAGCACCUAGUCUUUGAAAGUUCAAAAUAUUUGUACUACUUUAUUGAUGUCAUGUACUCACAUAAUAUUUGUGUGUUAGUGUUUGUCUUAACAUGUUGAUGUUGUUUUGUGAUACCUAUAUCAACAUUGUCUCUUGUUGGUGGGGUAUGCAAGACAUUGGUUCUAUGCUGUUGGUAAAAAUUUCUCAUCCUUCAUUGACUUCCAAUGUACUCCACCUUGCACUUAGAGUGUUUUAUGGAGUGCUAGAAAUCUAAAAAGUAUCCCAGUCAUAAUAGAAGAUUUUUAAAACUUACCACAUUUAGAGCAUUUCAUUUUUACUUUGCUCUUUUUUUUUUAUUGUGUAUGUUCUUAAUUGUAAUCAACAUCUGACAGUGCUACAUAAUGUUUUAUUUAAUGACUGAGCAUAAUGCUUAAUUUGAUUUUAAUGUGGCUAAGAUUCAAGAAACAUGUUUAUAAGUUCAUUGCUAAAAACACCUGGUGCAGAGUCCAUGUGUAUUUAAUCUCUGAAUGAAAUGGGACUAACAAUGACUUUCAAAAUAGGGAUGUCAUUUGUUUCUCAAAUGUUAGUAGCAUAGAAAACAUGGACUGUGUGGUCUAUUUAUCUUAAUGUGUGUUUGAUGUAUUGUAAGUGAUCAUAUGUAACAGUUAUGGGUAUAGAGAAUAAAAUACAAAAUAUUUAA